CAACUGUCAUAGCUAUGAAAGACUGUGACCUCCCCCGUCUCCUCGGAUUGCUCCUUAUCAACCAGUUGAGGUACACCCGCUCAGUUCCCUGCACUGCUUCUUGCAUAAUCAGCAAUUCCUUCAAUAUAUAACUCUUGGACAGCGUACGUCGAGCUCUCUUCAGACGAGCGUUUGGAAACGCAGGCAACAGCUUUCGCGCUUCUUGAGACCUGUUUUCAGCAUUGCAGCAAUGACCACCGUUGAUCCCAUUUUCUCAAAGGGAGAAGACUGCAAGCCGUCGUGGACCGACGCAAGCGCUGACUACAAUGCGGCCGAUACACAUCUCGAAAUCAUGGGAAAGCCUGUAAUGGAGCGUUGGGAGACUCCAUACAUGCACUCUCUGGCUACAGUUGCAGCUUCUAAAGGCGGACGUGUCCUUGAGAUUGGCUUUGGAAUGGCCAUUGCAGCAACUAAGGUGGAGUCUUAUCCCAUCGAAGAGCACUGGAUUAUUGAGUGCAACGAUGGGGUAUUCGAGAGACUGCAAGAGUGGGCAAAAUUACAGCCACAUAAAGUGAUUCCCCUGAAAGGCUUGUGGGAAGAUGUUGUUCCCACCCUGCCAGACAACCACUUUGACGGUAUUCUUUAUGACACGUAUCCACUGUCAGAAGACACAUGGCACACACACCAGUUUAACUUUAUUAAGGGCCAUGCCAACAGGCUGCUCAAAGCGGGUGGAGUCCUGACCUACUGUAACCUUACCUCCUGGGGGGAGCUGCUCAAGACGAAAUACAACGACAUUGACAAAAUGUUCCAGGAGACACAAGUGCCUCAUCUGGUUGAUGCAGGUUUUAAAAAGGAGAAAAUCAGCACUACGUUGAUGGACAUUUCUCCUCCAACUGAGUGCAAAUACUACUCUUUCAACAAAAUGAUAACACCAACCAUCAUUAAGGGAUAAGCUACCAAAACACAAACUGCUCUAUCAGUGAGCAUUUUGCCAUAUUCUUUUAUAUCACCCAGUGCCUUGACUUGCAGUGCCGUUAUCUGAUUCAUAGAGACCUUGAAAUUGCACUAACAUGUUCAACAGAUGAGGAUUUUUUUUUUUUUAUAAAUAGCUGUAAUGAAUGUCAAUCAAAUACUAUGGCGAAAUCCACGUUUAAUAAACACAUUAUAGUUAAAAAAAAAAAUCCUUGGAGUA